CUACCAGGCAAGCCUCAAUCAUAUCUUCUCUUCCUUCACCUCUGACAUAGAAAAUAAUUAUGGGUUCUACAAUGUUUCUUUUGGCCAAAACUCAGACCAAGUUAAACGCAAUUGCCCUCUGUGUGGGUGAUGUAAUACCUGGUGAAUGCAUUAACUGCAUCAACGAUGCUGCUGCUGAGCUCAGAAGUCUCUGUCCCAACCAGAAGGCAGCAAUUCUAUCGAUCAUAACUCAUCCUGCUACUGCUAUGGUUGCCAAAGAAGUGAUAGACCAGCCUAAUGCCAACCUUGAAUCCCUAAAACAGGAUCCACGGAUAGGACCACUUCUUAGAACUAGUCACAAGAUUCCAUCCUCAGUGAUCAAUAAUAAGUCUCCAUAUGAAUGUUUACAUGGUAUUCCUCCUGCUUAUGAUCUUCUUAAGGUUUUUGAAAGGAUAUCGUUGUUGGGAUCUUGUGUCACAAAACCUUCGGGUCUCACGUCAUGUUGUGUUUUGGGAACACACUAUAUUUUCCUCGUUAUCAAACUUCUAGGUACAUUUGAUGAGCUCUACAAUGCCUUACCACAUGCUUCAACUAGUUCUACAAAAGAUGAUCUGCCUACUGGUAAUGCAUUAGAUAAUUUUGAGCCUUCCUCUACUUCCUCAUCUACUUCCUCAUCUAUAUCACCUAUUGAUGUUGCAUCUGAUAUUAUUGAAUCUACAAAUGAGCUUGUUGUCCCAUCCUCGAGUCAUCCUACUCGGAUAAGAGACCUUCCUAAUUACCUUCACGAUUAUCAUUGUUUUCCUGCUAUUACUUCUAUGGAUGUGCAAAAUGCUUUUCUUAAUGGUGACCUAGAAGAAGAAGUUUAUAUGAAACCACCUCCUAGGUUCAACCAUCCUCCAAACAAGACUACUCGGGGUAUGGUUCUUUUACUUCUUUAUGUUGAUAACAUGAUUAUUACUAAAGAUGAUAUCGCAAGUGUUGAAGAGUUAAAACAAUUUCUUAGUCAAAAAUUUGAGAUGAAAGAUCUUGGUGUUUUGAGCUAUUUUCUAGGGCUUGAAGUCACCUCUUCAAAUGAUGGCUACCUGCUUUCUCAAGUAAAGUAUGCCUCUGAUCUUGUUUCUAAAGCUAAACUCAAUGAUAACAAGAGUGUUUCUACACCUCUUGAGCCUAACGUCAAACUUACUCCCUAUGGAUGGCUCUCCACUUUCUAAUCCUACUCGCUAUCGAUAAUUGGUUGGUAGUCUAGUUUAUCUUACCACGACACACCCUGACAUAGCAUAUGCAGUUCAUAUUGUUAGUCAGUUUAUGACUGCUCAUUGCUCCACUCAUUAUGCAGCAGUAUUUCGCAUUAUUCACUAUGUUAAGGGAACAUUAUUUCAUGGACUUCACUUUUCUGCUCACUCAUCUCUUAAACUUCGUGCUCACUUAGAUGUUGGUUGGGUUGGAGACUCUAAUGAUCGUAAAUCCACCACUGGAUAUUGUCUUUUUCUUGGUGAUUCUUUAAUCUCUUGGUGUAGCAAGAAAUAAACAAUUCCAUCACAU